CUCGGCGCGCGGUCACACCCCACUCCCCAAACCUGACCCUAUAUAUGGGAUCGCAGCGGGCCCAGCGCACCUUUGGGACGCUCGACACUAGGAUUCUGUCUGGGGAAGGGUAGACCGUGAAGCGGUUUGCGGUUAACGUUUUGACCGGGUUUUGGUACAAUGGCAGAUUGGAAGCUGCCCAUGAGCUACAGCUAUAACCCAUCCUUCCACGCAUACGCUUAUGGGCUGGUGUACCAGCCCGGGCCGGACCAAGGCGCCGCCGGGCUAGGCUGGGCGGAGGCGGCGUUCAACCAUGGCGGAGGCUACUACGCUGCAUCUUCGCCGAAAAGCCCCGUGGACGGCGAGACGAACCCGGGCGAUUUCCGCGGUCCGGUGUUGUGUUUCGCAGACACCCAAAGCCAGAGGGGUAGAUUUUUCUUUCCGCCCAGCUCUGGUCAGCCCGAGCAACCGGGGAAGGAAGGUCAGGGCGCCCGCGGCGAUGCUGCCAGCGAUUCCGAGGCCCACACGCCAGACUCGUGGAGCUCUGCUAGCAGUAGCGAUGGCUGUGUUCCUAAGGCCCCUGCUACCCCCUGGGUGGAGAGAAGCCCACAGGAGUACCAGGAGAGUGGGAGCCCCGACAGCAGUGAGCCAGUGUCCAGCUCCUUGGCUACAGAUGAGCCAACAAUGCUCGGUUCCAGUCUUGAAGAGCAUGGGCCACCCUGCACACCAUCUCCAGCUACACAAGAGACUGCGACACAGCCCAAAAAGGCCAAGGCACGGACUGCCUUCUCGGAAGGCCAAAUGAGUGCCCUCACCCAUCGGUUCAACAUGCAGAGGUACCUCACCCCUGUGGAGAUGAAGACUCUUGCAGGCCUCACAGGUCUAACCUACAAGCAGGUAAAGACGUGGUUCCAGAAUCGUAGGAUGAAGCUGAAGAGACACCAGAAGGAGAACGGCUGGGCCUCUGAGAGGUUCCCUAAUACUGGCUACGCUGGCGUCCCCCAUCACUCGCAGUUCAUGCCGGAUCAUUACUCGGUGGCUCCGUUCAGGGAGAACACGUUCACCAGAAGCCCUCCACAGUCGUCUGGCUACUACAGCAGCUACCCUCAGCCGGUCACGCCACCCAGGCCUCCCACUCGAGCGCCUGGUAACUGGAGUCUGCCCCCAACUGGCCAUUAUGAGCAAAGCUCUGCUGGCUAUGGCGGCAUUGCUAAUUGUGGUGGUGGUAGUGGUGAUGAUGAUGGUGGUGCCGGUGUGAUAGACCGUCCCACGGGUGUGGUGAUGGUACAGAACGCCACCCAGUGGGCCACGUAGCUUCCAAUACUGUGUGGCUGUUUUAUAUACGCAAAAUUUUAUGCUUUUAACUUUGUAUAUACACAGUCUCCUAAACUCUCAUCUUGAAGACUGCCAUGUUUGUUUCAGGCAAUGAAUUGAAUUUACAAUAAAUAGCUUGUCUUUAGUGGGUCAGUACCCCAAUUUUAUUAUUUUUUUUUGGGCGGGGGGUAGUAGCGUAACUGUCCUAAGCUGGUGAGUCUAUUUUGUACACAGCUGUACUCUGUAACUGCAGGCUCCCAUCUUUAAUGCUGUUAAAUCUGCUCUGAACUGUACUGUUUUGGAAUGUGUUGCUGCAGUUUCCUUACAGAAUCUGUCACUUUUGCCUUGCUGUUUUGAUUAAUGCACAAUGUAGAUGUUCUGCUUCUGGGAUAAAUGUCAUUUCAUAGGAAGUUGCGGCAUUCCUACUGUAAAUAUGUAAAUAACACACACUGGCUUCAUUUUUUUUAAUUUACCUCCAGCCUGAAGGGUCAAUACCAGUUUUAUCUGGCAAUUUUAAUGCAGUUGGAGUUCUGUUUCUGGUCCUAUUAUGGGGUUAAGUGGUGAAAGGGGAUCUUUGCUCUGCUUUGAAAUCCUGCGGAGUGGAAAUAAAGUGAUUGCAGCAGUUGCAUGCUGUUGUGGUCCUGUUAAAUAGAAGUGCUGCUUAAUAGGAAUAUCCUG